GUGGGCGGAGCUUCCUGCGCGAGGGCGGGCGCGCGGCAGGUUUAGAGGCGAAGGCGGCGAUGGCCUGUUCGAACCCUUGGGACCCGGCGCAGCCCACGGCCGCGGGGCUGGUGCUGGCCAAGUGCCUGGCGGCGGGUGUGGUGACCCAGGAGAUGCUGGAUUUAUCUGCUAAACAAGACCGUUGCUUUGUGCACCUCACCGAGGUGGAGAAAAUUGCAGACAUCCGAGCUGAAAUAAACCAGAAGAGCCUGGAAACCGAAAUCCUGGGACUGGAAAAGGAAACUGCAGAUAUUGCUCACCCAUACUUCCUGACUCAGAAAUGCCAAGCUCUGCAAAUUAUGAAUAAGCACUUGGAAGCAGUGCUGAAAGAGAAGAGGACUCUCCGGCAGAGGUUAAUGAAGCCCUUGUGUCAAGAGAAUUUGCCUAUUGAAGCCAUAUUCCACAGGUAUGUAGCAGAGUUAUUGACAUUAGCAGUGGUCUUCAUUGAGAAACUGGAAAGCCACUUGCAGACCAUAAAGAGCAUCCCUCAGAUACCCCUGACCAUGAAAAACAUGGACAAUGCUCUGGCAAAAAUUAACUUGCUUGUGACAGAGACUGAAGAGCUGGCAGAGCAGAUACUGAGGUGGAGAGAACUGCAAAAAGGAAUCCAUUAUGACAACUCCAAGAUCACUAACGAAUCAGAUUCUAGCUUCAGAAUUUAGUUCCACCAUAAAACAUCUUAUUUGUGCCGAAGGAAAGAUGACCAGUUGAAAGUUCUGUUUUUUACCAGUCCUGUGUGAUAGUGGCAGUAUAUGUGUACCUUAGUCUAACUAGAGACUUUAUGGUCGGAUAUCUCCCCUGUUCUAGAAGGGAUAUUUUAGUUGGCAACGAGUGACGAUUAAAAUUGGACAAUGAUCUGUAAAUGACAAAACUUAUUGUUUAGGUGUAAUUCCUCUUUGGAGUGUCCUGAUAUGUUCACACAUACCUCCUUGAAGCAAUCAGAGGGAGCUGUCAUACAUACAUUUAAAGCUGGAAUGCAAAAGGUCUGUUGCAGUAUGGCUGGCUAAAGCACAUGAUGUAAAGACUAAGCUUGUUUCUGCAAGUAUUUUGAGAUCAUAUACUAGAUUUUCUUUGGAAGUAUAGGAAUUUUAAAAAAUAUAUAGUAGACUAUAAAAUGGGAGACUUAAGCUUUUAUAUGCAAUUUUUAUUACAAAAGAGACAAAACUACAGUAGCACAAUCUGGAGGAAUAAUUCAAUGCUCCCUCAUUUUCAAAGCAGCUUCUGUCAAAUGCUUUGAAAGUGGAGGAAGGUACCUAUGAGAUCCAGCUUUCUCUUGAAGGAGAGUGUUCCUAGUGCCUCCCACAAAAUACUCAGUUAAUCCAUAACAAGUUGUUCUUUAAUGAUUAUUUAAUUUCUUGUCUAUAUAAUAAGAUUCCAAGAAUUUCAUUCUCAAGCCUAAAAUUUUACUUUGUCAGUAUAAAGCAGUUGAACCACCUAGAAGUGUGGUUGAGGGUUCGUUAUGUUCAGAAUAUCCCCAGAUUUGAAUAAUCAGUGGGAUUUGCUGUCUGUUGCCAUCCAGUUUUUAAUUUCUCAGCCAUUUUGACUUUACGAAUUACACCUCUACUACAGCAACACAUGGUGUAGCACCUAGGGUUCCCAAUCAUGGCCCAAGACCCCUUUGUACAUUCUGUACAAACCCAGAACAAAAAAAAUCGCAAAGAACUUACAAACUAAGGAAGAUCUGACAAUCUUUGAUUCUUGCAAAGUUACAAACAUGUUUGUGCUUCCGGUAACUUAAACUUUCCAGUAUAUAUGCCACUCUUCCCUCCAGUUCUUUAAAGGUGUUGUCAGCGGAGCUCUGCAGCAAAUAUGUGACUGCUAGGUCUUCAGUUCUUCUGUAGGGCUCACCCUCUGCACAGAAUGUAAAACUUAACCAGCUGUAGCUCAGAUGAACAUCUAGGUAUUCCAUUUGAUUUGUUGUCUGCCACUGUGCCCCUCUUUUUUUUUUUUUUUUUUUUUUUUUUUUAAGGAUUCUGUUUGAAAGAUUAGAGCAAUGCAUUUGAAAGUAUCAUUUCCACCAUUCAGAUUUCACCUUCAAAAGGUGCUUAGUUUGAAACUCCUAGACAUCUGAAAGGCAGUUAAGCAUUGUGCAGGUGCAAUUUGCCUUGUCACUGGUCUUGUCCUCACUAGUAAUAAAGGAAUAUAGUAGAUUGGAAAAACAGAUUUUUAGCCUUGUAGAGUGAAACCUCCUAUUUACCUCCAGAAUCAGCCCAAUUAACGCUAGCAUCCUCUUCUCCACCUACUCCUGGGGGAAUUUUGUGCCACUGCACGUGCUCAGAAGUCAUGCCCCCUGUAGAUUUCUUUCCUUCCCUGCAGAAAAAUGACUUUCUGACAGGGAAGCUGCAAAAGCAGUGACGCAUAACUCCCUAGCGGGGCAGGUACAUCAUUUCAGGCAUCCGGAGCAGCCAGCAAAGAGGUAAAUCACCACGGGGCUGGGGACACCCCCAUCCACUGGCUCCUACCCUGAGCUGAGAUCAGCUGCUAGUCCUGGCUGAGCUGGAGGCAGGAGAGGAUGGGACUUCCUCUUCCCCUGCAAGGAGUGUCUGGGGCUGUGUCGGACCCACCCCCAGAAACCUCCCCCCCACCUGCAGGAAGCUCAGCAUCCUCCCCUGCUUCCUCCACAGCUGUGGGGGGAGGGGUCACUGUACAGGAAGCUACUCCUCCAUAUACCCAACCCACAUGCACAUGGACCUCCCAUAUCCAGACACCCCUGCCAAGUCUCACCUGGUACAUCCAGAACCCCCAUAACCCUCCAUACCCAAACCCCACCCCACUCAUCCUCAACCCCUGCCUCUAGAACCCCCCUGCACCCAAACCCCCUGCCUCUGGACACCCCGCACCCAGGCCACCCCUGACUGAGCUCCCUGCACUCAAACCUCCACUCUCAUGAGCCCCCCUGCACCACCCUGAGCUGCCACAUCCAGAACCCCAUGCCACUGACCCCUAACUAGCUGCACCCAGACCCCCACCCCACCAAGCCCCACUCCCCCAGCACCAAAACCCCCCGGCUGAGCCCCCCAUACCCAUCUGCUGAGCCCCUCCCACCUUCACCUGGAAACCCCUGCAGAGUCCCAUUGCACCUGGAACCCCCCCCCCCAUGAGCCUCUAUUCAUCUAGGGACCCCCCACACCGAGCUGCCUGCACCCAGAUUGUCCCCCACAAAAUCCUCUCACCCCACACCUGGAUCCCUCUACACUGAGCCCCUCCACACUUGAGUUCAGCCUGCCUGCCCCAUACCUGGCACAGAGGGGAGUGUUUCUGGGGCAGGCCCAGGCCUUGUUUUGUGUCAGCGUCAGGUGCAGCCUCAACAGUGAGUCCAUGUCCUGGGGGUGGGGAGGCUGCAGAGUGAUCCCCCACCUUCGUGCAGCCAGUGGCCUGUGCUCCCCACUGCCAUGCUGGAGCCUCUGCAUUUAUUUAUUGACAAAUAAAACUUGCAGAAUUUUUAAACUAAGGGGGGGGGGGGGGAAGCUGAUUGCUGCAGAGGAGCAUGUGGAUCAGACAGAGACUUCUCUUAGAGGAGAACCUAUUGAUAGAGAUUCUCUAGGUUUUAGUCAGGAGGAGAGGAUGGAAGAGGAUAAAGUAUGGGCCGGACCAGAGGAGAAACAUUCACAUAAAAAAGAAUCUGACACAUCAGAAAAGGGUAGACAAAUAAACAGUGACAAGUUUUUAAAGUGCUUGUACACAAAUGGUAGAAGUCUAAAUAAUAAGAUGGGUGAACUAGAGUGACUCAUGUUAAAGGAGGAUAUUGAUAUAAUAGGCAUCACAGAAACCUGAUGGAGUGGGGAUAAUCAAUGGGACACAAUCAUUCUGGGGUACAAAAUACAUCGGAAGGACAGAACAGGUCAUGUGGGGUGGGAGAGGGGAGUGGCACUAUAUGUAAAAGAAAAUGUAGAAUCAAAUGAAGUAAAAAUCUUAAAUUAAUCCACAUGUUCCAUAGAACCUCUCUGGAUAGUAAUUCCAUGCUCUAAUAAGAAUGUAACAGUAGGGAUCUAUUCUUGACCACGUGACCAGACAAGUGAUAGUGACGAUGAAAUGCUAAGGGAGAUUAGAGAGGUUAUCAAAAUGGUGUGCUAUUUAUAUAUUUUCCUCCUGUUGGAAUUAAUAUUUGAAAUUAUUAAUAUUGAUAUGGGAAAUCACCAAAUACUAAUUUAACCAUAAAUUCCUUUAUUAAAUCCAAAGGCUAAAAUGUACUUAUUCAAUUGCUCUAAAAGUGCCUAAAAAGCCUAAAUAAUAAGCAAUUUACUACUCCCAAACAGUAACAAAACUCCUACAAGCAUUUGAUCAAGAUAUGUACAAACUGGCUAAACCUAGGGAUGCUUAGAUCCGUAUUGGCUGGCUCCAAUGGUGUCUGGCAUGUAUUAGCAAUGAACCGUUUAAGUGUUUACUUUUUUAUAUCCUUUAACAAACAAGUGAUGUCAUUGCCAAUUACUGACUUCAGCUAAAAAACAAUUUGAGACAGGUCACCCUUAUUUCCAGUCUUAAUCCAGAUAAGAUUUAUAACUUCCUUUCUUCCCAAGGCCUGUCCUUUCCUCCUUCUUGCUGCCCAAUAGCUUUCCAUUGCACCUAGAUUCACACAGUCUCUAACACUAGUUAGUUUGUGGGUUGGGAAGGGCCAUAUUGACUCAUUUUAAGACAUUCCUUUUGUCUUAUCUAAAAUCAUCUGCAAUCACCCCUAUUGGUCAGAGGUCUUCUUUGUAGAAACUUCCCCUUAUCUCACUAUUCUUUGAACAAGACAUCCUUCCUACUUCAUUCCUUCUGGCCUUGUAAUUUAUAAUUUUCAAGGCCUUCCAUCUACUUGCUAGUCAGGACCUUUGUUUACAACACAUAUAUAUUUCCUCACCAAACUAAGAUAGCUCUACAAAAACAACAAGGAGUCUGGUGGCACCUUAAAGACUAAUAGAUUUAUUUGGGCUUAAGCUUUCGUGGGUAAAAACCUCACUUCUUCAGAUGCAUAGAGUGAAAGUUACAGAACUAAGAUAACUAAUUAUUUAAUUUCAUAUUUAAUAUUUAUCCUACACCUCCUGUCCAUGUUGUUGUUAGUUUGUACGUGUAAAGUGCUUUGAAUUUAUAAAGCUCCAUGUGGUGUUACCUCACAUAGCUUAUUAAGUGAGAAAUAAACUGGGGAUGCACAUUAGUAGAAGAGGUGUAUAAUUGCAAUAUACUAAAUUAGUUUUUAAAGAACAGUAUCACCAAGUAUUUAGCCUCUUCUCAUAUUAUAGAGUAACAAUUAGAAGUGUAAGCAGAGUCAGGAUGAGCUCUACCCUGACAUCUGGUGGUGAAUUGUGGCGAGUGUGGAAAAGAACUUCAAGGGCUGAUCUUGUUUGUAUAGGCACACCCACCCCGCCUAGCAUGAGCCCAGGGCAGCCCAAAAUGGUCACUUUGGCUGCUGUGUGAUCCCCAGUUUCUCUGUUAUUGGGGCAGGAGGAAUAAAGUGUUGUUACCCUGAUUAUGUGAAUCAAGGACAAUGUAACUGUUUUAUGACAGAGGGUCUCAUCAUCACCUAAGAAGCAUUCGCUAGACAAGGAACAUGGGUUCCAAAACCCAGUGAAUUGAGAGAGGUUGGGGGCAGGUAUGUGCCCCCUCUUAAGGGUCUGGAACACCAAUUGCACUACUCCCCCUCUCUCCACUGUUGAAUAGCAGAGCUAAAUUUGCUUCCAUUAGGAGUCUAGCUAGAGAUUGCUGAGCUGAAUUCACUUUGGGCCAAUGGUGCACCAGCACUGGGGCUCCCCUACUACAAGCUGAAAUUGCUAAAGUUGCUGAGCUGAGAUCACUGAGUGCUGUGUUAACUAGUGGGGGAGCCUAAGCAGCUGGCAGAGUGGAGCAGUCUGCGGAACAGUGAGCUGAGCAGGUUGCUGGAGCUGUUCAUGGGAUGGCUGGUGGAGUGGAGUGGAGUGGCGAGCCGAGCAGUUUGUGGGAUGAUUGGAGCGGCCCACAGAAUGCAGAGCAGAGCAGUUUAUGGGGACAGGAAGAGGAAGAGGAGCGGAGCCAUUCGUGGUGAAGGCUGCAGCAGAACUUCACAGAGAGGUGGGGCAGUCAGCCUCGGACCAUGUAAGGUGCCCCGUGUGUGCAAACCCCCCCCCCCAUUUCCACCCAGGCUGGGGGGGUGGGUAAAAGCUCUGUAGAUAAACUUUUGAACUCUGGGGCGGCACUGACCAGGGACAGAGACUUUUGGGUUGUUGGACUUUGGGGUGAUUGGACUUAAGACCCUGGGGGGAAAAGGACACUGUCAAACUUACUUGGAGGUUGGUCUUUUGCUCAUGGUUUGUGUUAUGAAUCCUGUUUGUGGUGUUUCCCCAACAUAAUGCCUCAUUGUUUCCCUCCUUUAUUAAAAGGCUUUUGCUACACUCAGACUCUGUGCUUGCAAGAGGGGAAGUAUUGCCUCCUAGAGGCACCUGGGGGGUGGUAUGUAAUUGUGCCAGGUCACCGGUUUUGCAUUGCGUUAUUGAAACGGAACCCCUAGACAUUGAACCUGGCCCUUGUUGCUGCCAACUCAGAGGGGCAGAAGGGUUACAGAAGUAAUCAUAGUUUAAUGACUAUUCAUGGAUUAACUGAGAUGGAAAAAGCAUGCUGACUAAGAUUCCAUAAGGAACAGAUGACUUGGAGAUAGAACUUUUUUCUUUACAAAAUAAUUAUCAUGCUGCAUUACAAUUAGAAUAAUAAAUCCUUUUUUACUCUGUUUUAUGACUAGCAUAAAUAGAGAUUAUGUUAACAUUGUCCCUGGAUAUCACUAGUAGGAGAUGCCUAACUAUGAUGAGCUUUAUAAUAUAUUAUUUCACCCCUUUUGAUGUUGGAUAAAUGGAUUACAUCUUUAAGGUGUGAUCAACACGUGCAGAAGAACCUAAAGCUAAUAGUAGAUUAUUUGUUCCAGAAAUUGCCACAUUAGAGUAGGAGAAAUAGAACUGACCUAAUCCCCCUAAGAUAUCACAAUGACAUCUCCAUGUUUACAACCUGACCCCGAAUUCCACUGUACAGUCACCAGUCUGUUGCAAGUGGACCCAAUCACUGGGUCCCAUAUGCUUUCAUGACAACUGGGUUUGGGUCUGGUCUAGUCACUGUUGCUAGAUCUGAAACAGUAGGGAACACUCCCAUGCUCAGACAUCUUGUAUGACACUCUUCUUUAGGAUGUGGGGCACUGCCAACUAGUCACACUAGACUCCAAAAUCAAUGUCUGAGACCUUCCAAGGUGCUUCCCCUGAGCUCCAUUUAGACUGUGGGCACUCAGGGCGUUUAGUUUAACCUCUUUGGAGACAACAUGCCAGAAGGCAAAGAUUAGUGCCUUAGUAAAGGAAUUUCUUAAUCACAGUAACAAUACUCUUAAAGCACUUGAGAGUCACAGCUCUUUGAAAACAAGAAAUGUCUUGAGAUGCAUCCUCCCCAUGUCUGAUCUCACCCCUUUUGUGAGUUUGAAGUUUGUUACCAUUUGAGCCUGGGCAGAGUCCCCCCUUCUCUGAAAGUCCUUCUUCUUUUGGUGAUGGUCAGAUACAUCUGCAUAAAGCAGAGCCCUGCUCUUAAAUAGGGUGUCUCCUUUGUGUUAUGUGCUUAGAUGAGAAGCUCUAGCCUCCCCACACCCCCUCUUCCAAUAUUGCCAUGUUUUCCCCAUCUAUGGGGUCCCUGUGUAGAAAAUUGUUGUUUGGCAGAAGUAGGCCAGCGAUUGAGAGGCAGUCAAAGUUGAUGGCUCCAGAUUGCUGUCUUGAUGGCAUCUCAGUGAUAGUCCUUCAGUGAGGUCAAGCAUGUUUCCUGGGCAACAGAGCUGUCUGGUAUGCAGUACAAUAGGUUGACUGAGGGCUUGUGUUCAACACAUAGUACAAACUGGAGUUCAUAAUUAAAUACAGACCUAUCCCACUCUGUCACAUGAGGCUCAGAAUCCUUCAUGGCAAAUCAGAUUCUUUCUUUUAUUCAGCUUGUUUGUGCUUUUAUUAUUAUUAUUAUUUUAUUUGUUUUAAACAAACUGCAUGAAUUAUUAAAUCAAACCCCUUAAUUUCUUGAAAGUCAGCCACUAGGUGGCUCAAGACCACAGAUAUUUCAUUCUUCCAGAGCUGUUAACUGCCAGUAAAUAUACUGUAUCCUGCAGAAAUACACAAACUACAUGGAAACAUUUAUACAAUUUAAAAAUAAAACCAGAAAAAAUUUAGAAGUCAGGUGGUCCAUAGGUGAAUAAUAGUGAAUGUGUUCAGAUCCAAAUCUAAGGAAGUUGCUUGUUAUAGCUGGUCCACCACAGAAUAAAAUGGUUAAAAUCCUGAAGUGUCUAUGUAGCUGUUAUUCAUAGAUAGUACCAGUGUACUGUAAAUGUGAUUUUGGCAGGAAGGGCAGCUAUAAUUAGAAUUGUUCAAAUUAUUGGUUAAUAAAUUUUCAAAUUGGUUGCAAACAGAAGAUAAUUUCUGCUAAUGUAUUAAUUACUUUUAAGUAUUCACCAGUGUUCAACCUAUGGGUUAUUCAUAAAGUAUUAAUUUAAACUAUUCCCUAUUCAUGUGGUGUGAAUUGUCACCCAGCUACAUUGUAUGUAUUGGUCCAUGACUAGAUGGCAGAAAUUUAAAACAGAAUGACAAACAGCUGGCUCCAAAAUGUUCUGGUUAGUGCAGUAAUACACUGGUUCACAUCUGAACAGGAGUAUUAAUAUUAGCCAUCUCCAAGCAUUCUCAAUUCUCAGCUUUAAUCAAAUGUUUGAACAUGCCUGAAUUAAACAGUACUUUGGAAUUUGAGAACAGUUUUGCAGUACUCAACUAGUUCUAGCUGUGAUAUAAUAAUUUGAGCAUAGAACAUGAGAAGGUAUGUAUUCUGUCUUAACUACUUUCAAAGGAGAUGUAAAACCAAGGUCCUGACAACUUAUAGCCACUAAAAGGCCCAUGGAACUGCUUCCAAGGGUGGGGGUGAUAACUUCUCAAUCAUGGCCAAAUUCCAUGUCUGUCUGCUACAAUUUCCCCAGCAAUUUUAACUGGAUACAGUGUUCUUAGUUUUCAUUUACAGUUCUAAACUGUUGUGUAGAGUGCAUGUUUUGCACUGUUCAAUAACUGCAUCUCACUCCAGCUAGAUUUUGGUGAUGGGUAAUGUGAGCUCUUUGUCCCUUAACUCUAUCUCAGAGCAAUUUGUGAGGCUUAAUAACGGUAAUAUUUUGCACUUAGCACUUUUUAUCCUUGCAUCUAAAAAAAACCCACCUUCUUCACAAGGGUGGAUAAUUAUUUCCAUUUUACAGCUGAGGAAACUGAAGUAGAAUAGAUAGAAGAGACUUACCUAAAGUUGAGCACAAUGUCAGUUGUAGAGCUGGGAAAGAACCUGUAUCUCCUGUCUCCUAUCAGAUGGCCUACACUGUCUCCCUGCAAUUACAUAAGCACAGGUGGAGAUCCCCUGUGCUUGUGCAGAAUCUCCAUUGAAGUCAGUGGUUUUCUAUAUAGGCACAGGGGUCCAUGUGUCCACAUCUCAUUGUAUGAUUGAAGUCUUAAACCCCACAGUGUGUCUGUGAGAUAGGUAAGCAUCAUAGCUAUUUCAUAGGUGAGGAAAGAGGCACAAGCGGGGAAAUCCUGGCCCCCUUGAAGUCAAUGAGGUCAGGAUUUCACUCAACAUUUGUGACUUUCCCUACGGUCACACAUGCAGUCUGUAGCAUAUACAGGAACAGAAUCCAAAUGUCUUGUCUUGCAGACCUGUGCCACAAUCUCAGGACUGUCCUUUGCGUCUGCUGUUUCUUUCUGUAUUGAUGCUUUAGCUAGAAGUUUAGGCUAAAUUGAUUUGCUGUACUUCAUCCUUAUUCUGAAUGUCUUGAAAACAGCCAUGGGCUGUCCUUCAUUUACUAUAAUUAUUUUAUUUGUAAACAAUUAAAAAACCAUUAAAUGUCUA